AAUUCUCAAAGUGCCCUUGGCCCUGCUCAAACACUCCAAACAAUUCUCCAAGGCAACGGAGACCACAUGUAAUCAUCAGCCAUUCGCCACAAAGAAAGCUUGCGGCAACAAGGUUUUCAUUUUGAUUGACAGAAAACAAUUAGUCAACAUGUCAGGCCCAACCGCGGAUGAGGAGCUGCCCAUGACACACACAGGUCCCAAGGGGGUUAUCAGCGACUGGAGGAAGUUCAAGCUGGGAAGCGAGGACUACGAGUCCAUUCCGCCCAGCAAACGUGAGCUCCUGCGGCAGAUGUCCAAUCCCAAAAGCACUGGCGACGAGGAAAGACAGAAUCGCAAGAUGAGCAUGCAGGAGUACGAGAUGAUCAGGGAAGAGGACGAGCGGUGCCUGAGGCAAUACCGCAAGCAGUGCAUGCAGGACAUGCACGAGCGCCUGAGCUUCGGGCCCACGUUCGACGGCGUGUACGAGCUGGAGAGCGGCGAGGCCUUCCUGGAGGUGAUGGAGAAGGAGCACCAGCUCACGCUGGUGGUGGUGCACAUCUACGAGGACCGGAUCCCGGGCUGCGAUGCCCUCAACGGCUGCCUGACCUGCCUGUCGGCCGAGUACCCCGGCGUCAAGUUCUGCAAGAUCCGGGCGUCCUGCACGGGGGCCGGCGACCGCUUCUCGGACGACGUCCUGCCCGCCAUCCUGGUCUACAAGGACGGGGAGCUCCUGGGAAACUUCCUGUCCGUCACCAAGCACCUCAACGAGGAUUUCUUUGCGACCGAUGUGGAGGCCUUCUUGAACGAGUAUGGCCUGCUGCCGGAGAAGGAAUUCACCGCAUAUCUAGACGAUGAGGAGGCCGACGUGGAGUGAGUGAGCAGGGGCUUAUCUUUGCUGGAGGGAGAACAAGACUCUGUCCUUUCAGUGAACUGCAUAUGAUCUGUACCUGACGCUGUACCUGUAAUUCAAGUCUUACAGAAAAAACACACCCUCCACACGCACUAAGGAAAAACCCACUGGCUGUAACCCUGCAGUAUUCGCUGUACUAUAUGCCAGUUGACACUGUACUAUUUUAUUCACUUACAAAGUAUAAAUUGAGGUUUUCAAAGCCACUACGCAUUGCUUUAUAUUAAGUUUGUAGUAAGAUGGUGGGGUUACUAGGAUGGGAUCACAGCAAUGUAGGGCACCCCUUACUGUAGGUCUGUCCAUUUGUACAUUUCCCUCUUAGUCAUUCUGACUUCUCUACAUCAACCAGCAACUUACAUAAAUAACAGCGUGCCCAUAAAAAAAAUGUGUAAAACAAAAUCAUUGCAAAGAGCUGCUGUGAUCAUUGUAAGACAAAAUUGCACCAUUUAAGGGCCUAACCAGGAAGUCAAUGUUGCUAGAAUCCUUUGUAUUAUCUGGUUAAAAAAAAUAAAAUAAAACAAGAUAAUAUUUUUCAAAAUGAUCAUUAAAAUUGUAUUUGAAAAAAUAA